AUCCAAUCAACUAUUAGUCGCUAAGUUAAUUACAACAGUGUUUCCAAAUUUUGAUCCAGUUAAUUAACCAUAACAAUCAACUGAAAAUGAUCCGAUCACUUGUUACCUUGAUCUUAAUUGUAGCUACAGUUGAAGCUACAGGUAAAAAUAUUACCUUUACAAAUUGUGUUGAUACUGGAAAAAUUAAUUGGGUUACCGUUGAUCCUUGUGAAUCUGAGCCAUGUACCUUUCAACCAGCAAUGGACGUUACCGUUCAAGGGGAAUUAGUUUCUGUAUCAACUUCAACCGCUCCUAAGCUCGAGGUUCAGGUCAAUGUUUUAGGCUUCUGGACAACUUAUCCUGACCUGGAUUCUGACGGUUGUAAAUAUCUUACCUGUCCCUUGACCGCUGAAAAGGCCACUGCAUUCAAAAUUGUCUUGACCACUCUUGAUUGGCUUCCACCGAUGAAAACUCAAAUCCGAUUCAUAUUAUAUGAUAACGACGGUGUUACUGAGCUUAAUUGUGCUCAAGCCGAUAUUAAAAUUGCAUAAAUAACCAUGUUAAUUGUGAACAAUUAAAAUCUGAUAAAUAAAUUAAAUUACCUUAUGAAAUCAAAACAA